UGAAACCUACUGAACAUCAUGUCUUAUUUUGCCUGUGGAUCUAGGCAGACUUCUUCCUCUCGCAGUAGUGGGGCACCUCUUAAACUUUCUAGCUGCAGUAUAUAUGGGUCUGGUGGAGGAUCCAGCACCAGAAGCUUUAGUAGUGGGGUAGUUUGGGACUCUGGAUCAGGAUGGGGUAGAACUGGUGGUAGUGGCACUGGUAGUUGCUUCCACAUCUACAACUCUAGUUCUGCUGGUGGUGAUGUUGGUCUUCUAGCUGGAGGGGGAAAAGAAAUCAUGCAGAAUUUAAAUGACCGCUUGGCUUCCUACCUGGCUAAAGUGCAUGCUUUGGAAGAGGCAAAUGGUGAUCUUGAGCAAAAAAUCAGAAAUUGGUAUCAGAAAUCUGCAACACAUAUUAAUGAAGGACUCUACAAUGAUAGCAAAUAUAAUUCUUCUAUUGAAGACCUUCGAAAUAAGAUCAUCACAGCAAGUAUUCGGAAUGCCGGCACGAUUCUACAGAUAGAUAAUGCCAGACUAGCUGCUGAUGAUUUUAGAAUGAAAUAUGAAAAUGAGCUGUUCCUCCACCAGAAUGUGGAAGCCGACAUCAAUGGUCUUAAAAAAUUACUGGAUGAACUGAAUAUGUCUAAGAGUGAUUUGGAAAUACAGAUUGAAAGUCUAACUGAAGAGCUGACUUUUCUCAAAAAGAACCAUGAAGAGGAAAUGAAGAAUUGGCAAGGCACAGUUGCUGGAGACAUAAAUGUUGAAAUAAAUGCAGCACCAGGAGUGGACCUGACUGCAGUUCUCAACAAGAUGAGGACAGAUUAUGAAGCUUUGGCAGAGCAGAAUCGCAAAGAUGCUGAAACCUGGUUCAUUGAAAAGAGUAAAGAAUUAAAUACGACAAUCAACGUGAGUGCCAAAGAAACCACCACUAACAAAAAGCAAAUUGCAGACCUGAAACAUAUUCUCCAGAGUUUGGAGAUUGACAUGAAAACCCAGCUUUCUUUGAGGCAAUCACUUGAAAGGACCCUUGCAGAGACAGAAGGUCAAUAUUGUGCCCAACUCUUGAAAAUACAAGGAAAGAUUAGCAGUGUGGAGAACCAAGUGCAACAAAUCAGAGAAGACAUGGAGUGUCAGAAUGCAGACUACAGGCACCUCCUGGACAUUAAGAUCCGUCUUGAGAAUGAGAUUGAAAUUUAUCGACGCCUAAUUGAUGGAGAAGCAUCAGGAAAAGGAAUGAAGGAACCAUCAGGCAAAAAAGGAGAAUCUGGACAAAGAAGUAGCAAAGAUCUGGGAUCACAAAAUCUGGGAUCUGAAAAAGGUUCAGGAUUAAGAGCUUCAGGCUCUGAUGUAAGAGGUACAAAGACUGGCACAGAGACCAGUUCUAGAAAAAGUGAAGCCAGAAACAUUGAAUCCACUACUGAAGAUAAAGAGAUAAAGAAAACCAGAGUAAUUAAAACAAUCAUUGAAGAAUUAGAUGAAUAUGGGAGAUCAAAAGCCCACCAACCCAAGGCACUCUUUCUAAAUCAGCUUGCUUACUGGCACAGCAUAGGCCAUCCUUCUUGCUCAAGCACUAUGGCUCUCUCUGUCCUCACCUCGGGUUCUUCUCGGCAGAUUUCGUCCUAUAGUAUUGGAGGUGGAGGUGGAGGAUCUGUUAGACUGUCAAGUGGUGUAGGCUUUAGUGGUGGUUCCAAGUUUGCUGGAGGUUACAGUGGAGGGGGUUUUGGUGGAGGAAGCCUUGCUGGAGGAUAUGGUGCUGGCAUGGGUGGUGGCUUUGCCAGCAGCAGUUUUGUAGGUGGCUUUGGUGGUGGCUUUGGCAUGGGAGGAGGAGAUGGAGGUCUCCUCACAGGUGAUGAGAAGCAAACCAUGCAGAAUCUUAAUGACCGCCUUGCUAACUAUUUGGGCAAAGUGCAUGCUCUUGAAGAGGCAAAUGCUGAGCUAGAACUCAGAAUCAAGGAAUGGUAUGGCAAAUUCAGUGCCACGGACACUGAUCGUGAUUACAGCAAGUAUUUUAAAAUCAUUGAAGAUCUUCGGAACCAGAUAAGUCGAUAUACAGUUGAGAAUGCUGGGAUUGUAUUACAAGUUGAUAAUGCUCGACUAGCUGCUGAUGAUUUCAAACUUAAGUAUGAAAAUGAGUUGUUCCUGCUCCAAAGUGUGGAGAAUGAUAUCAAUGGCUUACGCAGAGUCUUGGAUGAUUUAGCUUUGAAUAAAGCAGAUCUAGAGUUGCAGGUUGAGAGCCUGUCUGAGGAACUUGUCUACCUGAAGAAGAACCAUGAAGAGGAAUUGAAGAGUUUCCGAGGAGUGGUCAGUGGUGAUGUCACUGUGGAAAUGGAUGCUGCUCCUGGAGUUGAUUUGACUAAACUUCUGAAUGACAUGAGAUCCCAAUAUGAAGAACUUGCAGACAAAAACCGGAGAGAAGCAGAAGAACAGUUCAACAAACAGGUUGGAGCAUUGAGGCAAGAGAUAUCUGCCAACGUGGACCAAUUGAGUUCAGGCAAAAGUGAAAUUACUGAACUGAGGCGCACCAUGCAAGGCUUGGAACUGGAGCUUCAGGCUCAGAUGGCCAUGAAACAAUCUCUUGAAGGCACUUUAGCAGAAACAGAACGAAAUUACUGUGAUCAGCUUGGCCAAAUACAGCUUCAGAUCAGUAGUUUUGAAGAACAACUCCUACAGAUCCGGUCAGAUAUGGAAAACCAAAACGCCGAAUAUCAGCAACUGUUAGGAAUAAAGUCACGUCUGGAAAAGGAGAUUGAGACCUACCACUGCCUAUUGGAUGGAGAAGGGGGAAGAUAUUCAACAACUGUCUACAGUUCAGGACUUCCUGUGAAAGAGUCAACAAAAACCAGAAUGGUUAAGACAAUCGUAGAGGAAAUGGUCGAUGGCAGAGUUGUUUCUUCCCAAGUCAAAUCAGUCGAAGAGAAGCCAUCUAAAUAAAUACCAGUAAACUGCAAAAAUAACUUUCCAUUUUAUAAACUUUCUAACACAGAAGUAAGAAAGAGCUUCUUCAAGAGCUAGACGUAGAAAUCAUUCUUUUUUUAAAAAAGCAAUAAGUUUUUUCUUUAAAAUUUUCUAAUUUCUAUCUUCUUUUCUUUUUGCAAGUUUCUGAAGUACACCUCAAACUGUGUUUUCUUUUAGCUUGAGUAGUUUAAUAAACUUUUCCACUAUUUGCAAAUUAUAAAA